AUGACGAAUGAAUCAAUGACGAAUGAAUUUCCAAAAAAGUCCAUAACCCAAGAUUUAGCUGAGCGGUAUCAACAGUACCUCACUGGAAAAACUCCACAACCGUCAGAUGCCCCAGUUCGACGUCCUGAUUUAAAUAAAGUGGCCAUUGUUGGUGCAGGAAUGUCGGGUCUGUAUUCCGCCUUACUUCUUCAAAAACAAGGAAUCGAUGUGAAAAUUUUUGAGGCUACCGAUCGAGUUGGUGGCCGUGUUUACACGCACAGGUUUGAGGACAAAAAGAAUCAAUAUUUUGAAGCAGGGGCGAUGCGACUGCCCCAAGUCGACUGGCAGAAGCCCGUUUUCGACCUAAUACGUUACCUGAAUAACACAUUGCCCCAUUUUCCAAUUAACCUUAUACCAUACAACUAUUCCUAUACAUCGGGGAACAGGGUUUACGUGAAUAAUACGAAACAGAAAGAUGAAAAUAUCAUGACCGUUGACUAUGCAAAUCACCAUCUUGAUGAGCUAGGCUUUCCAACUGCAGCUGGUGCCAAUGAAGAAGCAGGGAAACUGUUGCAAGAUGCUAUCAACCCCAUAGCAAAGGAACUACUCGAUGACUUUCCCAGUGCGUUGAAAAAGUAUGAUUGUAAGACAUUGCAUUUUUAUCUGUCCACAGAACUUGGAUGGACUCCCGAAAAAAUCAAUUACGUGGAAGUCAUGACUUCACAGACAAACGAAUUUUACCUUGGCCUGGUUGAUCAAGUUAUCCUGAAUUCCGACUUUACAGGUCAAGUAGUAAGCGAGUGGCAAACAAUCGACGAUGGAAUGUGUCGCCUUCCUGAAGCAAUGACAAUGGUUAUUGGGGAGAAAAGCAUAAUUUACAACACGCCUAUUGAAUCCCUGAGAUAUAUCGCUAACGAUCGUGUCGAGGUUGGUUAUUCUGUAUCAGAUCUUGGAGUUAAAUACGAAAAUUUUGAUGCUGUUGUUCUUGCUCUCCCACCAAGUUCUGUUCGUAUGAUCCGAAAUAAGCCAACCUGGCCAGUUGCACUCGAACAUGGCCUGCGAUCAAUCCAUUUUCAGCCCCUUUACAAGAUAGGGUUGCGCUUUAAAUCUCGGUUUUGGGAACGUGAGAAUUUGAGACCUUCCAAUGGAGGGCAGUCAAUAUCAGAUCUUCCAUGUCGCUGGGUUGUUUAUCCAUCGUAUGGAAUUGGUGACAAAGGCAUGGGAGUGCUACUACUGUACAGCUGGAUGACGGAUUCAAAUCACUGGCUUCCGAAGUCAAAUUUGGAAAAGGUUAAUUUGGCGUUGAGUAAUCUCCAGGAGCUGUACCCUGAAGUUGAUAUCUAUGAUCAGUAUGCUGGAGGAAGUCCAGGUAAUGAAAAUUACUUGAAAGAGGCAUUUCCAGUAGAAUGGGCAGUGCAGUGGGCGUUGGGUGACGCUACGUUUUAUCCCAGUCAAUUCUCGUACCUGUAUCCUGUUAUGAAGCAACCUCAACGUCAAAUCUACUUCACUGGAGAGCAUCUUAGUGUCUACCACACUUGGAUCGUGGGUGCUCUUGACUCAGCUAAGGACACCGUAUGUCAACUCCUUGGACACAAUGUUGGACAUCUUUGA